CGAAUAAACCCAAGAAGAAAAAGAAGAAGGAAGUGAAACCCGAAAGUAAGCGCUCAUUGAAGCAUCGCGUCGAAAGCGAAUCGAGCGAUAAAUGAAAGAGAUUAAACACGCUCGCUUUAUCAUGAGCAGCCAUCGGUGACUUUAUACGCGAUAUCUGAGGAUGCUGGAGUCUAACGCGGAUGAGAUAUCAGAGUAGCAGUCUGGAGAGGUUAUGAACAAUGCUGAUGUGUGGACUCGGAGUGUCUGUGCAUCAGGACUGAUCGACAGCUGAUCUCAGCUUUGUUUUCUGCAUCGAGCGUCCGAACAGCAUGUUGAUGAGCGGCUGUUGCUCAGGUGUGUCCUCUGAAGCGGCGUGCUGGGAUUGACGCAGUCAGGAUGUUUCCUAAGACCUCGCUGACGGCUCUGAUCGUGGGGCUCUUUCUCCUCUACGUGCUGCACACAUGCUGGGUCAUGUACGGGAUCGUGUACACCAAACCCUGCGAAAAACCCAAAAGUGACAGCUGCAUCUCACCCUACCUGGCCGGAAAACCUCGACUGCAGCUCAGCGUCUACACUGCAUUAAGACCCAAUGCUGAUGGUGGACACAGUCUGAUCCACAGAGAGGAAGAGUUUGAUGUCAACACCAGGUUUGAGAGGUUAGUUAAUGUGUCUUUGCCGAAGAAGACCCGCAAAAAUGGGACGCUGUACGCCAUGGUGUUCCUGCAUCAGGCAGGAGUCUCGCCAUGGCAGGAUCCGCAUCAGGUGCAUUUAGUCACGCUACUGACCACAUACAUGCUGCCCAAACCUCCAGAGAUCAGCCUGAUCACGGGGCAGGACGAGCCGCAGAAACCGGAUCAGCAGAAGCAGAGUAGCGACUCUGAGCUGGACCGGCCCGUUUCUCACUGGCGUUCCCGUCUGACAGUGAACGUGGUGUCCGAGAACUUCCAGUUUGAUCGAGAGGCCCUUCCUGGAGACGUGCACCGCUACAUGAGAGUAUAUCAGAGCGGGAAGAAGAUGAUUUACCUGCCGCUGCUGUUUGUAGAUGAGCUGAGCAACCGAGUGAAGGAUUUAAUGGAAAUCAACAGCAGCAGCACUGAGCUGCCUCUGACCAUCUCAUACGACUCCAUCGCUCUGGGGAAACUGCGCUUCUGGAUCCAUAUGCAGGACGCCGUUUAUUCACUUCAGCAGUUUGGCUUCAAUGAAAAGGAUGCUGAUGAAAUCAAGGGGAUAUUUGUGGACACCAAUCUGUAUUUCCUCGCUCUCACCUUCUUUGUGGCUGCCUUCCAUCUUUUGUUUGAUUUUCUGGCUUUCAAAAAUGACAUCAGUUUCUGGAAACACAAGAAGAGCAUGGUUGGGAUGUCCAGUAAAGCAGUGCUGUGGAGGUGUUUCAGCACCAUUGUGAUCUUCCUGUAUCUGCUGGAUGAGCAGACCAGUCUGCUGGUUCUGCUUCCUGCUGGGAUCGGCUCUUUGAUCGAGGUGUGGAAAGUGAAGAAGGCUUUUAAAAUACACGUCGUAUGGAGGGGCUUCACUCCCACGUUCCUGUUUGGGAAGUUUGAUGAAUCUGAGAAACGAACCGAGGAAUAUGACACGCUGGCGAUGAAGUAUCUGUCCUAUCUGCUGUAUCCUCUGUGUGUCGCCGGGGCGGUUUACUCUCUUGUGUUUGUCAAGUACAAAAGCUGGUACUCCUGGAUUAUUAACAGUUUAGUCAAUGGGGUGUACGCCUUUGGAUUCCUCUUUAUGCUGCCUCAACUCUUUGUAAAUUACAAGCUGAAAUCCAUCGCUCACCUGCCCUGGAAAGCCUUUACGUACAAGGCUUUUAAUACGUUUAUCGAUGACGUUUUUGCAUUCAUCAUCACGAUGCCCACGUCACAUCGGUUAGCGUGUUUCAGAGAUGACGUGGUGUUCCUCGUGUACCUCUAUCAGAGAUGGCUCUAUCCAGUGGACAAAACCAGAGUGAACGAGUACGGCGUGUCUUACGAUGAAAAGCCCAAAGGAAAAUCCCAUAAAGAUUGACAUCGUCACAACAGAACAGCUCAGCAUUAUCUUAAGAUCAGUUCAUGGAUUCAAUAACAAAAGACCAAACCGCAUUUUGGCUCAGUUGUGCUCUGCUAAUCAGAGAAAUGUAACCGGCUCGACUGAGACACUCGUGCAGCGUCCGGCAGUGCAUACGGUUGCUGUAUCUCGUUGAAUUAUAGGAUGAGAAGUAAAAUAUGAAAAGCUUGGUUUCAUUUUACAGAAUGUAUUUUGAUGGGACCUUUAAUUCAGUCUCAAAUAGUGUUUUGAAAUCAAGACCAUAUCACAAGGGUGCCAAAAAGACCAGAGUUUCAGAUUAAUUAUCAGAUUUGCUUUGAAUAUGGAUUAAUUUUAGUAACAUAACUGUUGGUUGUGUGUUCAGCGAGAAUGGUGUACGUUUGUUUUUGUGUUUCAUUCCAUUAAAAGUGUUUCUGCUUAAUCACAGAGACUUCAUUAAACA